GUCAGCGAUGCAGCAGGGGGAGGGCAGGAGAAUGCACAUGCGCCUUGGGAUGUCUGAAAAGGGUAGCCUUCUGUCUUUAGAGGAAAGGCUUCAGUCUGCGGGGACACGGAAAGUCCAGUGUGUGGACACGCAGACAUAGAAGAGUAAAGGGAAAGGGACACGGAUCAGCCGUAGCCACCGGAGUCAGGACUCUCCAUACAGCGCAAGAAGCACUGGAAAAAUAGUACAACCUUCAGUCAGAAGACCUCUCAGAUGAUAAUGGAAGUGACACAGCUGGAGGACCGAGGGAGCUACUUUAAGCUCAUUGACACGAUUGCCUCUGAGAUCGGUGAACUGAAACUGGAGAUGGUGCAAACAGAAUUCCGUGUCAGAGAAGACCUGGAGCCCACCGAUUGCCCGAGUAUCAAAAAAGACAUGGAAAACAAUAUUUUGUCAGAAAAAAGUGAUAAGAAAGAUACCCUUCGGGAUUCUGGAUAUGAGAGUGUCUCCUACAAACCUAGCAUCCUUGAUAAGCUUCUUCACACUCACCCCGUGUGGCUGCAGCUUUCACUAACUGAUGAUAAAGUACUGGACAUCCUACAAGAUCAACCACUUGGGACAUUUCUGGUUAGAAAAUCAACAAAGCUUCAAAAGAAAGUAAUCUCGCUUCGAGUUCCAAAUGAGUCUGAGUCCUGUUUGCAGGAAUUUGUAAUAAAAGAGAGUUCGUACACUUUUUCUUUGGAAGGCUCUGGAAUCAGUUUUGCGGAUGUAUUUAGGCUUAUUGCCUUUUAUUGUAUCAGCAGGGAUGUGCUGCCUUUUACUUUGAAGUUGCCGCACGCCAUUGCAAAGGCCAAGAGCGAAGCUGAACUCGAAGAGAUCGCCCAACUCGGAGUCGGCUUUUGGAGGUCGUCUGUAAACAGCAGACCAAAAUAUUCUCCACCUUCCCCCAGGCCUCUCCCCCAUGAAUACGUCAACAAGGAGUCCUAUCAACUACCUCUUAUAAAUGGAGUGCAUUCUCUCCGCACCAGAACGCCCUCAGAAUUGGAAUGCAGCCAGACCAACGGAGCUCUGUGUUUCAUUAACCCACUAUUCUUAAAAAUACACAGCCAGGAUUCAGGGGGAAGUUUGAAGAGGGAGAGCACAAGAACCCAAGGGACAAAUGGCAUAGAGAGUGCGAGAUCACCACCUCCCAGACCCCCUCCCCCUUCCAUUAAUAGUCAUCGUUCAAGUCUUCAGCUGUCUAGUGCUGUGAAGCAAGAGGCAAGCAUGCCAGAAACAGUCAUCCAGACUAGGCACGGGAGCUUAGAUUCUCCUGCUAAAAACGCCGUUCCCAUUCCUCCUCCCCGCCUAAAGAAGCAGGCCACCAUUAACAGGUGGCAAAGUAACGACAAGAACUCCAUCUUUAACGGAUCUUCUUCUCCGGACUCUCAGUCUGAGGAAUCACCACCACAAAAUACAAUGCAGAACAUAAACCUAAGUGAGAAUCGCGAUAUACCAGCCCGGGCCACCUUGCGCACUCAACGUUUGAGCGACAUGAGCAUCUCAACCUCUUCUUCGGACUCCUUCGAGUACGAUCGAGCGGUGCCCGCCUUCUACGAGGGGGACAGCUUAGAGUACUGCGAAGAGGAAAGUGAUCAAGAAAGUAUGGCACCACCGUUAAAAUCACGGACAAAAAGAAGUACAUCCCUGGGCUUCUCCAGAAUCAUGAAGACUCACCUGCGUAAAGUGAGCGGCGUUUUCAACUCUCUCAUGACACCUGAGAAGAAAAUGGUGAAGAAGAUAGCAGCCAUGUCUAAGGACAAGCGUACUUAUUUUGGUUGUCUUGUCCAGGACUACAUCAGUUUUCUGCAGGAGAAUAAAGAGUGCCACGUUUCCAGCACCGACAUGCUCCACACCAUCCGACAAUUCAUGACUCAAGUAAAAAAUUACUUAUCCCAAAGUUCUGAACUGGACCCUCCGAUUGAAUCGCUAAUACCUGAAGACCAGAUAGAUGUUGUCCUGGAGAAGGCAAUGCACAAAUGUAUCUUAAAGCCCCUGAAGAGCUACAUUGAGUCAAUGCUGAAGGAGUUCCGUACGUCAGAUGGGUCAUGGAGGCAACUGAAGGAGAAUUUGCAGUUAGUAAGACAAAGAACCCCUCAGGAGCUGGGUGUAUUCACACCAACACCCGAACCAAUGGAUGUGGAGAAGAUUCGAGUCAAGUUCUUGACCAUGCAGAAAAUGUACUCACCUGAGAAGAAAGUCAUGCUACUUUUGAGGGUCUGCAAACUCAUUUAUACAUGCAUGGAAAAUAAUUCAGGGAGGAUGUACGGAGCAGAUGACUUUUUACCCGUGCUGACGUAUGUCAUUGCUCAAUGUGACAUGCUGGAGAUAGACACAGAAAUUGAAUAUAUGAUGGAGCUGCUGGACCCGGUUCUGCUACAUGGAGAAGGAGGUUACUACUUGACAAGUGUGUAUGGAGCGCUUUCAUUAAUAAAGAAUUUCCAGGAAGAACAAGCGGCACGUCUACUUAACUCAGAGACCAGGGAUACCCUGAAACAGUGGCACAAGAGACGGACAGCCAACAGGACCAUCCCAUCUAUUGAUGAUUUCCAGAACUAUCUGAGAGUGGCUCUGCAGGAAGUUGAUACGGGAUGCACGGGGAAGACGUUAAUAGUGAAGCCUUACACAACCACAGAAGACGUUUGCCAGAUGUGUGCAAAGAGGUUUAACGUGCAAGACCCCUCAAGUUACGGACUUUUUCUUUACAUUGAUGACACGUGUCAGCAACUUAGCGAAGACACGUACCCUCAGAAAAUCAAAGCCGAGCUGCAUAGCCGUCCACAGCUCCAAGUCUUCCACUUUGUGUACAAACGCAUUAACAGUGACUUUCAGGGUGUUAUCACCUACGAUAACGAAGAUGAAGACGACAGACUUUAGGAAUGGUAUUCUCUCUGGUAGAGGUUCAUUUUUGCACUUGAAAUGGCUGCCAAGAGCUGAAGACUGGAUGAAAUGGAAGCCUUACUGUACUGGGCAUUCUGUAUAUGUUUAAACACCCACACCAGCCAGACGAUGGUGGCAGAAUGUGGUGAAAGUAUAACGGGUGAUUAGUUUCAAGCUUUUGUUAAACUGUUUAGCAAACACAUCACCUGUGUAAGCAGACUGUGUCUGAGAGGACAUGUAGAGUAGGCUGUCUGGUGGUAAAAUACUUUACCAAUGAGUUAUAUAGUGUUCAUUUGUGUGGCACUAAUUACUGUGGGCAGCCAUCUUGGAUGGACAAUGAAAUGAAUUGGGGGGGAUUAAUUGUGCCUAUGUGGGUUCUUUUUUUUUUUACUCUAAACGGGUUCUUUAUCAAGGAGGAAAUACUAUUGGCAACUGUGGCUAAAUUUCCUUGUUUACGUCAUUUUUGGCACUGAAAUUUUCGAAUAUCUUUUAACACCAGUCACAUGGAAGGAUAAGUGUGUGGAGGUACAAAGAGUUAUUUAACUGUUUCAUUGUACUGUUGUAUUUUCUUAAUUUUCAGGAAAUGGGGUCAUCACACGUUUUGUAUUAUGUAUAUAUAAUGCAGUUUUAUAUGGUAUUAUUAGUUUAUAUUUUUCGCUGUUGGAAUUAGAACCAUACAGUAAGCCUGAUGCUCAUUGGCUGUUUUUAAGCUACUCUAGAUGAAUGUGUGAUGUCACGAGACAAAGCCAGCUGUGCUGAUGCAAAUUUCAAAAUGCCUUCAAGGCUUAUUAACACUUCGAGUACACCCA